CGUCAGUCAAACCCCCAGAACUGAGCCUCUACUUUGGUCUAUCCUCUUUGACUACAACUACACAAAUAUUUUUUUUUUAUUAAUUGAUGAAGUAACUAACCCAACCUGGUGCUCGCUUAACCUGGCUCAUCUAGCAACCUUCCGGCUACCAGUAAUAUCUGCCGGAACUAAUAAACUAUUUUUGGGACGAAAUCCGAUAAUCCGCACACUUUUGUCGAUAUAUAUCUAUAUUAAAAAUAUAAACAUUUACUGCCCAUAAAUUCUCAUAUUUUUAAUUGGCAUCAAACCUUCAUAAUUAAAUUAUUCUACCAAAAUCUUGCAAUUAACAAUGAGUUCCCGGGGGAAGGUUGAAACUGAGAGUCUGAAGAAAAACCUGGAGGAGCAGUUGGACAGAUUAGUACAGCAAUUAGAAGAUUUAGAAGAAUGCAAAGAAGAUUUGGAAGAAUCAGAGUACGAAGAAACGAAAGGGGAAACAAUGGAUCAGUUACGUGAAUUCAACGAGAGCCUUCAACGCAUGAUUUCAGGUGACAUGACUCUAGUAGAUCAGCUCGGUGCAAUGCAGUUAGCAACACAAGCAGCAAUAAGUGCAGCAUUCAAAACUCCAGCAGUUAUUAGAAUGUUUGGAAAGCGGGAGCCAAAGCAGUUGCGAGAACGUCUCUUAGAAGUAGACAGAGACGUGAGACUUGGAAAAUUGAGUAAAGAAUCAAGUGAGGGUCAACGAGUGGAGAUUCUGAGUGCUCUGAAACAUUUGGGGGAGAAAUUGGAGCAAUUCGAACUUGAACUAUUGGAAAAAUAUUCGAUGGGUAUAUGCGAUAUCUCGGGUUUUAUUCAGAUUUCUGAUAACCAUGAAAAAGGACAAAUAGCACUAGCAAUGGCUAGUAAAGAUGUCGAAGCCGCCCUCGAAACAUGAAGAAAUGGAUUUGUUUUAGUUCACGAAGAUUAAAAUGGAUGAAUCGCAUUUUUGUUUGUUCAGUCGCUUUGAAAUGGUGGGAAUCCAUUAAUUGUGAUUUGGAUGAUAUUUUUCAUGUCGAAGAAAUAACGCUUCAACGAACGAUUCUUUUAUCUUUAUAUAUUUGUUAUAUUCUCAAUAGGCAAUUGACGUGGAAUCCAAUUUUCGAAUGUAUUCAAAUUUAUAUAACUCUUCAGUCUAUGAACCAUUACCGAGUAAAAAGGUAUUUGAAAAAUAGACUAGAAAAUGUGUAAUAAGUUAUUAAAAAUAUAUCAAUUACAAAUAGUUUUUGCAUGAGGGGCAUGAGAAAAACGUCAUUGGCUCAGCGCUAUGCACUAUGAAUCGUUCAUCGCCAGUAUAUCAUUUUUUUCUGAAUGAGGAAAACACAUAGUAUAUUGUCUAGUCGAGAAAAGUAGAGUUUUAAAGAACGAUACUAUUUUUCAGCGCCGAGUGCAAAAAGAAAAAUUCUCAUGGGUGUUUUUGCUGCGGUAAUUGUAGAUCCUGGUACGAAACAGACGUACAUGCAGAGUAUUUUGGACUGAAGUGUUCAUUUAGAGAUUUUGAGAACGUGGAAGGUUCCUGUUUUGAACGAGUUGUAUGGAGAAGUGUGAGAAUUACUAAAAAAUCGAAUAAAAUAUCAGUAUAAUUUA